AUGUCUGCCAACGAUAUUUUUCAAGGCCUUCCUAGGGAUAUUGCCGCUGUCGUCAGUCGUGGCAAAACCUACAUCUUCUUUGUCAAUUCCAACCACGAACUUUGCUACCUCCUUUCUCCAAACGGAAAUACGCAGGAAUAUGACCAUCAUGUUGUCCAGAUCUCACGGGGAACCCUGAGAGUCAAGUGUGGCAGCCGACAGGUUGCUGCCAUGGCUUGGCAAGGCCAGAAAGACCACGAGAUUCGCGUCUACUGCGUCGCCCCUGAAGAUGGAAAGUGCGAGAAGAGGGGUUACAUUCAGGAGGUUGCCUUUAACAGGGCUCAUGGAUGGGAGUUGGGUACUUUCGGUGUUGACAAUCCCAAGACGUGGAUCGACAGCAACGCCUCUUUGACCGCCUGUGCACUUGUUUGGCCAGACAAGGCCGAUCUUUCGCUUUUUGUUUCGGGAAAGGACGACAACGGACAUCGAAAGGUGACCAGGUAUUAUUUCGAUUACGCCAUCAAGGGUGGUACAUGGUUGGAAGACGGUGUCAUAAGCAACAGGGUGUGCAACUGGUAA